GUUCCAACAGGGCACGCUAGAAUGUUGCAAGAUUCGGGCAGUAAAGUACGAGCAAGGAUAGUAGGCCAUACUUUUAAAAGAAGCUACCUUUUGUUCGCAUGAUAGGCGACACAGAUAGUUCCUAGCAUCAUGAGUAGUUCCGGAUGUCCUGAGGCAGGUGGCGGUAUCGACGUGACCAUCGGCGAGCAAGUGCCAGGAAAUCCUGAGACAGCCGAGACCGCCGUAUGUCAGCCAAUGAUUGAUAUGCAAGAUGAGCAACAAGCAAAGUCCUCUGCAGAGCGUACAGAUGCCGCCACGGUCGCCGCCAACGGCGAUUCUGUCGCAGCAAACCAAGCCAGCACGGCACCAGAGACGCGAUCAAAGCGGCCAAAGGACCGAAGCAAACGUGCCGUAGCCAUACACACAGGAUACGUGGGCACCGGUUACAAGGGCUCGUCCAUUAACCGCACACUGGGUGAUGACGUCACCAUUGAGCAGGUGCUGGAGAAGGCCCUGCUGGCUGCCGGCUGCAUCAGUGAGGCGAACUUCGGCUCCUUCUCUAAGAUCAAGUGGAGCCGCGCCAGUCGUACGGACAAGGGCGUGCAUUCCCUGGGCACGGUGAUGGGGCUGCGCAUGCUGGUUGACGACUCCCGCUUCACCACUGAGCCCGGUGGCGACUGCGAGGGGGUGGAGCUGGCGGCAGCCAUCAACGCGCACCUGCCUCCGCAGAUCCGAGUGUUUUCGGUGCAGAAGACCAACCGCAAGUUCAGCGCUCGCCACAUGUGCGAGGGGCGCGUGUACCAGUACUACCUGCCUGCCAGCAUGAUUGACCUCAAAUGUGAUGGCAGCGAGGAGGACGCGAGGCGGCUGGAGGCGUUCCGGGAUGCGUUGCAGUGCUAUGUGGGCUACCACCCCUUCCACAACUACACGCGGCGGCAGAUCUACCAGCCCGGAGGCCCCAAUGUGCAGUACAGGCCAGGACGUGCGGCCGCCAAGAGGAACCGCGAGGAGGCAGCUCGCGCCGCAGAAGCAGCUACAGGCGCUGCGACUGACGGCCCCGGAACCGCUGAAGAAGCCGCUGCCCCUGGAACCGCUGCUGCUGCCGACGCCACGACAACAGCGGAGGCGGCGGUGACGGAGGAAGUGCCGGCGGUGACGGAGGGGCAGCAGGAGAAGGAGACGAAGGAUGCUGAGAUGGCUGAGGGGGCGGGGGCAGGGGGGGCAGAGAAGGCUGCUGAUGCCGGCGGCGACGCUGCCGCUGCUCCUUCUGCUGGUGAUGCGGCUGAGGCGUCUAACCCGGCAGCUGUCAUGGAGGCGGCUGAUGCUGAUGCUGAUGCGGAGCAGCCGCCAGCGAAGCGCCCCAAGACUGAGGUGACGGAGGCUGCAGGGGCUGCGGCGGGUAAGGGCCGCCAGCCUAACGGAGGAGGAGGACGAGGUGGUGGCGGCGGCCGAGGAGGAGGAGGGCGCAGGACUCGGGGAGCUGAUGAGGAGGAGGCGGACGAUGACGAUGAGGAGGAGGAUGAGGAGGGCGGCCGGGGGGAGCUAGAUGAUGACGACGAGGACGAGGAGGAGGUUGCUGCUGCAGCGGCAGCAGCAGCCGCUGACGGCGGCGCUGCCGAGGCUGCUGCUGCCACAGCCCAGACGGCAGAUGGGAAGCCCAGGCGCGGUGGGCGUUACGGCCCGGAUGGCCGCGUGGUUUCGCUGUGGUGGCAGGGCGAGGUGGACCCGCGGGACCGUGUGACGCACUCGCACUACCGCCGCAUCCACUCCUUCACGGCGGGGGAGCCGCAGCCGCUGGUGGAGGGCGGCACUCCCUGCUUGCUGCUGGAGGUGUCGGGCCAGAGCUUCAUGCUGCACCACAUCCGCCACAUGAUCGGCGGGGCGGUGGCGGUGGCGCUGGGGCUCUUCCCCAAGGACGUGCUGCGCGGCUCGUUGCACCCGCCUGCGCGAGUGACGCUGCCGCGCGCCCCCCCGCACACGCUGCUGCUGGCGGACUGCUCCUUCGGCCGCUUCCCGCAGCAACACGGCCCCGGCGAUAACGACCUGAUCCACAUCUCCGGCGAGCGGCUGGCCAUCCGCCCCGGCGGCAUCGCAGCCCGGGAGGCCUUCCGCCGGGAGGUCCUGCUGCCGGCGCUGCAGCAGCUGGUUGACCUGGCGGAGUGGGGGCAGUGGCGGGCGGCGCUGCAUGAGGUCUUCCCCUUCCCGCAGGCCGCCCAGGAUGCCUUCCUGGCCGCCUACCUGCCCUGGCGUGAGCGCAAGGAGC